CGUAUAUAUGUGUAUAUAUAUUCACUGUUCAGUUUCACCCCGGAAGUGACGUUGUUAGUGUUCAAAUCGUAAACAGAAAACAUCCUCUGGUGUCAUAAUGGGGAGUGAGGUGCGUGAUUACAUUGUUGGGACUUGUCUUACAAAGUGUCCCCACAAGGAAAUAAUAUUCAGAGAGAAAGAAAGAUUGUUACAUCGAUUUGAAACUAAGAGAGACAGUGAUAUUAAUGGUGGAAUAUUACGCGCUGAACGUUCGAAGAUGGUGAAAGAGUAUUCAAGAGCCGCUGCAGGGAAAGCCGACCACAAACCUUGCCAACUCAGACCGGCACCAAUUUUACAGAAGACCGUAGAUUAUUUACUGAGCAGCCUAAUUGAAACUGAGCUGAAGUUUGGGUCUUGCUGGCUUGAUAUUUACGAAUAUGUGUUCGAUCGUUUACGUGCUGUCCGUCAAGAUAUGAUUAUACAAAACAUCAUCGGAUCUCCGGCCGUUGACAUUUUGGAGAAAAUGGUCCGAUUCUUUGUUUACUCAGCUUAUCGUCUGUGCGAUGAGAAAGCAGGACAGAAGUUCGAUCCUGUCAUCAAUAAUACCCAUUUACUGGAAUGCUUCAAAAGAUUGCUGUCCUUAUACGAAGAAGGAACACUGGAAUCUUGCCGUAAUCGCGUCGAAUUCGAAAGUCUGUAUCAAAUCAUCAACCUCGGACAUUCAGAAGCGUUGAACCAUUAUUAUGAACUCGAUUCAGAAAUUAGGAAUAAGGCACCUUUAAAAAUUGCUUAUCAAACGAGUAUUGCUUAUCACUUGAACAAUUAUAUUCGUGUGUUUCGUCAGUUUCAGAGUUUUAGCGAUGUGAUAUCUCGGUGUGCUCUGCAUCAACAUUUCCUUCCUGUCAGGAAACAAGCACUUGUUACCAUGUCUGUGGCAUACAGCAGUAAGCAAUGUAGGUAUCCUAUCCAUAAACUAACUCAAAUAUUAAACAUCGACAACGAUGACUUAACUAAAUCUCUCUGUCGACUUCAUUCUGUUGACAUUCAAGACGAUAUGGUUAUUUUCAAGAAGGGAAACUAUAAAUGUCCCGAACAGAAAACCCUACCAAUGCGAUGUACAUCGUUAGAUAAAUUAGAUGAGAAUUUAAUCUCCUCGAUUUUGAUAGGGGAAUCUUGAAUCUCUUACAGGAAUUGAAGAUAAAUACUUUGUUUUCUAAAUUAUAUUUUGAAGGAAAGUUUAACAUUGUAUAUUAAAAAAAAAACAUUUUUUAAGAUAAAAAUUUACUUUAUUCAA